GGACGCAAAUCGAAUUGUUUCCUAUACGCAGUACUGUAUUCAGCAGCUUGCGUCACGAAACAUUUUGCGAAUUUUUGGAUUUUAAUGAUCGGACGUUUAUUGGGCGGUAUUGCUACGUCUAUUUUGUACAGCGCUUUUGAAUCAUGGCUUGUUUUUGAGCACAAUAAGCGUGGUUUCAACGAUCAGUUACUGUCGACAAUAUUUUCACAUGCGACACUCGGUAAUUCAUUGGUUGCAAUUAUAUCGGGCGUUGUGGCGCAAUACGCUGCGGAUUUUUUCGGAUUUGUUGCUCCGUUCGAUGCCUCUAUGGCCGUGUUAACAAUAAUGGCAGGUAUACUCAUCUUUACAUGGCCUGAAAAUUAUGGUGAUCAAAAAGCAGAAGUUCAUCAACAUUUUAUUGAUGCUGUUCAUAUGAUGAAAAACGAUGGUAAAGUGAUCUGUUUGGGUCUCAUUCAAAGUCUCUUCGAAGGCGCGAUGUAUGUAUUCGUUUUGGAAUGGACUCCAGCACUAACACUGGCCAGUUUAGGUGAUCGUAUACCACACGGUUAUAUAUUCGCAUCGUUUAUGGUGGCCAUUAUGAUGGGUUCAUCCAUCUUCAAAGUGCUCAGCAAAUAUCACAGACCUGAAUCUUUUAUGAGGUUACCUCGUUCAGUCUUCUUUGCUCUUUCUGCGCAUACAUUUGACGUUCAUAAUCUGUGA